AUGAAUGAAUUUGAUCCGACCCAUCCGUACAAUGAUGAUAACGACGAAGACGAUUUGUUCGUGAGUAUUAUGUACCAGUAUUACACAAACAGCCUACUACAGCCAGAUCCAGCUCCACUACUCACACGAUGUGUGGCGUUAAAUAGAGAUCGUGAGGAAGGGCAUCGACGACUAGUUAACGAUUACUUUACGGAAAACUGUGUCUACCAGCCAAGCGAUUUCAACAGAAGAUUUUGUUUGCGAAAAAAUGUCUUUGAAAGGAUAGCCAACGCUAUGGAAGCAAGGUAUGAAUUUUUCCGAAUGAGAUAUGAUGCCAGAGAAAAACGAGGCUUCACAGGGUUGCAAAAAUGUGUUGCUGCAAUUAAACUUAUGACAAUGGGGGAGUCGCCCGAUUCUGUUGACGAUCAUAUGAGAAUGUCUGAGAGGACCGCACGAGAAAGUUUGUAUUCAUUGGCAAGAGGUGUUGUCGAAACCUUCGGUGACCAAUACUUACGCAAACCUUCGUUGCAUGAUAUGAAACAAUUAUAUGCGGCGUAUGAAGAAAGACAUGGUUUUCUGGGAAAAGCCCCAGAUGCUCCUUUCACAGUGAAUGUAAAUGAAUAUAAGUUCGGGUAUUACCUUACAGACGGAAUAUAUCCACAAUAUUCUACGUUUGUGAAGGCGUUUCGACACCCAAUAGAUCCAAGGGAUAAAUAUUUCAAGAGACGACAAGGAGCACGUAAGGAUGUUGAACGUGCUUUUGGGGUUUUGAAAUCAAAAUGGCACAUUGUUGAACAUGCGGAGACACCUUAUGAGUUAGAUACUCUACGAUAUAUCAUGUUCUGA